AUGGCAAGCCUCCCCGUGAGCACCAAAGCUUCACCGGUCUGCGACUACGAGCGACUGGCCGACGCCCCCGGCGAAGGCGCCGCCGAAUCACUGUGCGCCUCGGCUCCCUGCAGGAAAGACAGCCGGUGCACGUCGGCCUUCGCCUUCACCAUCGUCGCCGUCAACUGCGGCACGGCCAUCUACCACUCGCGGCGCGAUCCCUGGUCAGUCGCCUUCGUGCUGGCCGCCUCCGUCAUGCUCCUCUCGCUCCUCUGCUUGCUCCGGGUGUUCGAGAGCCUGCCCCCGGGCUCCUCCAGCGGGAGGCGUAUCAAAGCCGGCGUUUGGGCCGUUUCCACGGCGCUCACAGUCAUGUUCUCACAUAGAGUAGCUGCGCUUAUGCCUUUCCCGGUCGCCGCCGUGAUAUGGGGCCUGGCCGGCUCCACGAUUGUCGCGGGAUUCUGUAUGCUCUUCGUUUGCCGCGGCGAGGUCGAGACGGUGGCGGAGGAAAUUCCGCCAAAAGUGUCCGAGUCCGACAUAGCUUAGAUCGCCCGGUGCACCCGGGGCCCGUACAGAGAUGGCAAUGGCCCCACGAUUUUGAACCUAAUGAAUUUUUAUUUUAUUAUGAGUUAUAUAUGAUCUAUUUUUUUAUACUCGUGGAUUUGUUAAAUAGACAAAAUCCUUACCUGCUGAGUACGUAUGUGUUUGUUCUCUGAGGUGUUCUCCGGUGCAUUCUAGAAUUUAAUCGACACCAUUAUUUAUUUUUA